AGUAAUUUUUAAAAUUUGAAAAAGUUUAAAGUUUCAAUUUUUGGUUUUUGUUUGGUUUUUUCGCCGGAACAAAAAAAAUGAUGAAAACAUUGAAAACUAUCGAUAGUCAAAGAUUCGAAUCGAUUAUCAAACUAUCGAUAUUGUUUGGUGUAUUUUUUUCAUUACUUUUGGCAACAGUCAAUGGUGAACAAAAUGAUGACCAAAUAAAAGUAGAAAUAUACUACGAAACAGCCAAUCAUAAUGUACAACGAUUUAUGGCUCAACAAUUUCGUCCAAUGAUUGAAUAUUUAAAUUUAGCAAAUAUUCAUCUGGAACUUUAUCCAUAUGGUCAGACAAAAAAACAAGAGGAUAAUACCUUUGAAUGUCCUUAUGGUGAAAUUCAAUGUUUAGCCAAUAAAUAUCAGGCAUGUAUAAUCGAACAUGAUACGAAUGGAACGUUUGUCAUCAAGGAUAAUAGUGAAACGGCAAGAUUUGUUUCAUGUUUUUUCAAAAAUAGAAAUUCUGAAACCGAUCCGGCAGAAUUGGCUGAAAUUUGUAUUCAAAAUUCUAAGGAUGAUUGGAUGACAAUUGAACAAUGUGUUAAAACAGAUAAUAUCACUGAAUUAAUGGCUAAACGAACGGAAAAAGCAAACAAAUAUCUUGAAAAUGGUUUAGCAAUUUUAAUUAAUGAUGUUCAUAAUCAAGAAGCCAGAAAAGAUUUAAUCAAACAAAUCUGUACAUUGUUACCGAAUGAUGAAAUGUGUAAAAAUCCACCCACAACAACACCGGUAAAUGUAGAAAUAUAUUAUGAAGCAAUGAAUCCAACAGCAUAUAAUUUUUUUCAUCAACAAUUAUAUCCAUAUUAUCAUGUUUUGGAUGAUAUUAUUGAAUUGAAAUUAAUACCAUUUGGUAAUACUAUUAUUAUUGAUCAAACAAAUAUGAUUACAAAUAGUUCCAGUCGGACAAAACGACAAGAUAUUAGUAAUCGAUUUCAGGCAUUGGUUGUUCAAAAAUAUAUAAAUGAUGGACAUAAUGGUGAUCUGAUUAGUGGUACAAAUCAUGUAUUAAAUUUUCUUCAAUGUUUAAUUAAUAAAAAAAUUGGUAAUGAAUAUGAUCAUUUAGAAGAAUGUUCAAAUCAAAAACUGAAUGGUGAAUAUAUUCAGUUUUUAGAGGAAAUCAAAUUUAAUGGUGAAAAGAUUAAGAAAAUUUUUAAAGAUUUUUCAACGCAAACAGAAAAAAUUAAGAAUAAUAAUGGUGAUUUAAGAAUUCCAUCAAUCACUGUAAAUAAUGAUAAAAUAAAUGAUAAUGCAUUUAAUGAUCUUGUUCAAGAAAUUUGUGUAAAUUAUAAUUCAACAAUAAAACCGAAAAUUUGUACCAAAGUUCAGAUGACCAUAUUCUAUGAACCAUCACAUCAACCAUCACGACGAUAUUUUCUUGAACAUUUAAAACCAAUAUUUAUCAAUCUUUAUAAUCUUAUUGAUUUUAAUUUCAAUCCAGCUGGAAGAAUUGAAAUAAAAAAUAAUAAAAUAACAUGUCCAGGCGGUGAAGUUCAAUGUGAAAUGAUGAAAAUUCAUGCUUGUGUUAUUGAUUAUUAUUGGAAUGAUGGUUCAAAUUUUACCGAUCAUAAUCGACAACAUGUAUUCGAUUUUAUUUGGUGUACAAUGAAAAAUGUACGUUCAUUAGAUAAACCAGAUGAUCUUGGUGAAUUAUGUGCAAAUAAAUAUCUUAAUGGAUUUGAACAAUGGCAAACGAUUAAUUUGUGUGCCAAAAGUGAUGAUUCAAUCGCUUUGUUGGAAGAUUUUAAAGAAGUAACACAUUCAAGUAAUCUUGGAGAUAUUUCCAAACAAAACUUUCCAAUUGUAAUUUUUAAUCAAGGCACAAAUAAUUCACAAAUUGUGAAUGAUACCGAACAAGUUAAACAGAAAAUCUGUGAUCAUUUUGAUGAAUAUCAUCAACCAGAUUAUUGUACCAAAGAUGAAUCGAUUCCAGUAGAUGUGGAUAUUUAUUAUGAUUCAAAUAAUGAAAUUGCUAAACAUUUUUUCAUUACACAAUUAAAUCAUUCACAUGUUUUUAUCGAAGAAAUUGCCAAUGUUCAUCUUCAUCCAAUUGCAAAUACAGAAGAUUUAGUAAAUCCUACGAAUGGAAAUUGUCAAAAUUUAAAUGAUUCGAUUUGUUUAGCAAAUGCUAUUCAUGCAACCGUAAUCGAUACAUAUGAAACACCAGAUCAAUUAGAUUUAAUUGAUGAACGUUUACGUAUAACAAAUUUUAUUAAUUGUUUUGUUACACAUCCAGAAUGGCCAAAUAAUGUACAAUUAAUUGGUGAUGAAUGUGCUAAAAGUCAAUUGAAAAAUGGUAAAUUACCUUCAAUCAAUGGUGAAUCAUUGAAAAAAGCAUUGGAAAAAACUAAAGAAUUGAAAAAUAAAUUGCAUAAAACUGAAAUAACAAUACCAUGGAUUACAUUAAAUGAUAAUGUACGAAAUAAUCAUGAAUCUAUUGAAAAUUUAUUACAAACAGUUUGUAAUGAAUAUGAUGGUCAAAAACCAGAUGAAUGUACUACAGCUACAGUUGAUAUUUAUUAUUCAUCAUAUGCAUCGAAUUCAAGAAAAUUUUUCAUUGAAGAAUUGAUACCAACAUUUCGUAAUAUUCGUGAACGAAUUAAAUUGAAUCUAUAUCCAUACGGAUCGGUAAAUGAAAAUAAAACUAUUGAAGAAGAAUGUGAAAAUGAUGAUGAACGUUGUGAAGCAAAUAAAAUUCAUGCAUGUGUAUUGAAACGAUAUUGGAAUCAAGAAGAAUUGAUUGAUAAUCAAACUGCAUUAUGGGAUAGUAAAAAUCAAACAUUAUUAUUUAUUCAUUGUUUUUUUAAAAAUAUUGCUAAUGGAAAUAGUUUAAUUGAAUUAAUGGAACAAUGUGAAAAUGAAUUUCUUCCAUUAGCUGAACAGAUAAAUAAUUGUGUUAUGAAUGAAACUGAAAGUCUUGACCUUUUGAAAAAAAUUCGACAAAGAACACUUGAUGUUAUUGGAACAAUACCGGAUAAUAUAGCUGUUUUUAUUAAUGGUGAACAAAUGCCUUUGGCCGAAUCAAAUUUACAAACAAUUGUAUGUAGUGAAUUAUUGGGUGAAAAACCAUUAGCAUGUCAUCGUGAUAAACCAACAAAAGUUCAAGUACAAUUUUAUUAUUCUGCACUUGAUCCUGAAGUAACAAAUUUCAUAAAAAUUAAUAAAUUUUAUGAUAAUUAUCUUCAUCUAGAAGAAAUUGUCGAUAUUCAAAUGAUUCCAUAUGUAAAAUCAUAUUUAGAUAAUGAUAAUCAAUUAAAUUGUCCCGGUGAAGAACAAUGUCAUGCUACUCGAAUUCAUGCUUGUGUAAUGGAUAAAUUUGGCAAUAAUGGUACACAUUCUGCAUUCGAUGGACAACUUCAAUUGAUUCAAUUUAUUGAUUGUUAUUUUUCAAAACUUCAAAAUUCAGAUUAUUCAUCAAUAGCUUCAGAAUGUAUUGAAUCAAUAUUUAAAGAUGCUUGGGUACCGAUUCGAAAUUGUGCUGAAUCAAAUUAUUCAAUUGAUUUAUUGAAACAAUAUGAACAAAAAUAUGUUUCAAAAUUAUUACCAAAAAUUGAUUAUGUUCCAUGGAUAACAAUACAAGAUUAUCAUUCAUAUGAUGCUGAAAAUCAUUUUAUUCAUACCGUUUGUGAUUCUUAUGAUGGAUUAGAAAAACCGAAUGAAUGUCAUCAAAAAUUCAAUGAACAAAAACCAUCGUUGAAAAUAUAUUAUGAACCAAAAAAUCAACGAUCUAGAAAUAUUUUCAUUACACAAUUUGAUCGUACACGAACAAAAAUCGAUAAUUUUAUUUUGAAAAUUCAACCAAUUCCAAUUGGUCAACUAAGCAAUAAUGAUAAUGAAAAUCCUGAAUGUCUUAAUGACUCAGAUUGUAUGCAAACAUAUCAACAUUCGUGCAUCAUGGAAGAAUAUUCAAAUCAAACGGAUAAAAUAAUUGAUUUUAUUAACUGUUAUUUUGGACAAAAAUUUACCGAAACCGAUUCGACAAAAAAUUGUUUUAAUGAAAUUUUUGAUAAAAAUCUAUGGAAUAAAAUCGAAGAAUGUGUUAAGGAAAAUGCAAAGGAAAUUUUGAUGAAAAAUUUAAAAAAUCUUGAAAAUGUUUAUCGACCAAUUACAAGUGUGCCAAUGAUUCAAAUUAAUGAUGUUAUCAUUGAUGAUAAUCAAAAUCUUAUUACACAUAUUUGUUCUAUGUAUUAUUCGAAUGAUAAACCCGAACAAUGUCGAAUCGAACAAAAACCAAUUGGAUUUUAUUAUCAAACUCAAGAUGAUAAUGUAAAAACAUUUGCAUCGAAACAACUAUCUUUUCAAUCAGAAUAUUUGGAUGAAUUUGGUGGAAUCGAAUUUUUCCCGUAUGGUAAAACCAAAAAAACUGAUAGUGGAUAUGAAUGUCCAAAAGGCAAUGGUCAAUGUUCCGAAAAUAAAUUUCAUGCUUGUAUUCUGGAUAGAUACUAUAAUGAUCGGAAAACCUUUGAUCCAUGGCGUAUUAAAACAGCUAAUUUUUUAGUCUGUUCACUUGAUUAUUCUAAUAAUUCGAAUUUAGAAUCAUGUUUUAAUCAACAUUUUACCGGUGAAUUAUUGAAUGAUAUUUACGAAUGUUCAAACGGAAAUAUGGGUAAAGAAUUAUAUGAUGAUUUAGCGAAUAAAACACAGCAAGGAAAUUUUAAUGAUCAACCAUUACCAUGGAUCACAUUGGCGGAACAAUAUUCUGAAAAAGCAACGAAAAAUUUAUUCGAUAUGAUUUGUUAUAAUUAUGGGUUGGUAAAAAAUCGACGUUGUACUACUUUAUCAUCAAUAAUGGCUAUCGAUUUACGAUUAUAUUUUUCUUGUGAUAAAUCUGGAAGAGAAUUUAUUAUUGAAAAUUUGAAACCAUUUUAUUCACAUUUAUUAACGAAUGCCAAACAAACAAAAGAAGAAACAUCAUUAUUAGAUCAAGCUGCGAAUCAAAUGAAAUUACAAUCAUUGGUAAAGAUUAGUAUGAUACCAUAUGGUAAUACAAUUUAUGAUAAAAACAACCAAACGUUUACUUGUCCAACCAAAGAAGAAUGUUUAGCUAAUCGUUAUUUAGCCUGUGCAAAUUAUUAUCAUAAUUCAGAAUAUAAUGGACAUUUACAUUUAGUUGAAUUCGCAUUAUGUUUUUUCAAUGAUGAAAAUUUUCAAAACAAUAUUACAUUAGCUGUUGAAAAAUGUUCACAACAAAUUUGGUUCAAUAUAUCGAAUGCUAAACAAUUGAAAACUUGUGUUGAAAAUAAUGAAAUAUCAGACAAGAUAUUACUUGAAAUGAAAAAACAAACCGAAUCAAUUGAAUCAUCGUUGAAUCAAUUUCCAUUGAUUACAAUUGGUACAAAAAUUGAAAACGAAACUAAUUUAAUGAAAAUUGCAUGUGAAUUAUAUACUGGAAUUGAUUAUCCAAAUGAAUGUAAACCAUAUAUCGAAAAUGAUGAUGAUAAUAAUAAUAAUACCGAAUCCAAAUCAUUUCCAAUAUGGGCUAUUAUUUUAAUUGUAAUUGCUGUUUUAGUUGUUGUCGGUUUAUUAUUUGUAUGUGUACGAAAAAAUCGUUAAUGAUGAUGAUUGAAAAUGGACAAAAAAAACCGAUGAACCAUUGAUUGAACCUUGCAUAGACAAUUUUAUUUGUAUUUA